ACUGUGUGAUUUUACUACCAGUCAUUAAACGGCCGUCUGGUGAAAGUAGCCUCGCGCUGUCAGUCACACGGGGUUUUAAACAUGGCGGAGCGCGUGGCCGCACGUUUGUCCGCACAGGAACGGCAGAUCGAGGCGCUUAGUGAAGAGAUCAGCCGCCUCCGUGACGGACUCUGUGGCGGCUGCUUUAGCGCCGAGAUCACCAGCGGCUCCGAGCUCGAGGACCUGCGCAGUGAGAACGAGAAGCUCCGGUACCGGCUCGUGCACCUACAGCGCGCGUUCCAGGCCGAACUAGAGCUCGAGACACCGGGCCAGGCCGGCUCGUGCACAGGCCGCGAGAACAAGAGCAACUGUUUGCAUGAGAAACAUGAGACAAGCCUGAGAGAAAAGCCCAAAGUAAAAGUCCCCCAGAAGCCUACUGACUUGCCAAAGCCCUCAGAGGUUCAGAACACAACAGAGAAGAGCAAGAAGAAGGAGAAACCUAAAGGACAUGGAGGACUAGUGGAGCUGAACCCAUGUCCCAGCUACAUAUCGAAGCGCUUGGAGCUCUAUGUAAGACUGAAGAAUGAGAGUGAUGCCAAUCUGGCCAAGCAGGCAGCUAACAGCAAGCCCAUCUACGUCCAACUGCCUGAUGGGCAAAAAGUGGAGGCUCGAUCCUGGGUCACUACUCCUUACCAACUGGCCUGCGGUAUCAGUCAGGGUCUGGCCGAUAACUGUGUGAUCGCGCGGGUGGACGAUGAGCUGUGGGAUUUAGAUCGUCCGCUGGAGAAAGACUGCUCUCUGGAACUGCUGCGCUUUGACAAUGAAGAUGCCCAGGCUGUAUACUGGCACUCCAGUGCCCACAUCCUUGGAGAAGCCAUGGAGCGCUUUUAUGGAGGCUGUCUGUGUUACGGGCCUCCGAUCGAGAACGGCUUCUACUACGACAUGUUCCUGGACGGCCAGAAAGGAGUGUCGAGCACCGAGUUCGGAGAUCUGGAGUCACUCUGUAAGGCCAUCGUGAAAGACAAGCAGCCGUUCGAGAGGCUGGAGAUUAGCAAGGAAACACUGCUGGAGAUGUUCAAGUACAAUAAGUUUAAAUGUCGCAUCCUGAAUGAAAAAGUGACCACGCCUACCACUACAGUGUACAGAUGUGGCCCUCUGAUUGACCUGUGCCGAGGACCGCACGUGCGCCAUACGGGAAAGAUCAAAGCCAUGAAGAUCUACAAGAACUCCUCUACGUACUGGGAAGGCCGCUCGGACAUGGAGACGCUGCAGAGAAUUUAUGGGAUUUCUUUCCCCGACGCUAAGAUGCUGAAGGAGUGGGAGCGCUUUCAGGAAGAGGCCAAGAACCGAGAUCACCGGAAAAUCGGAAAGGAUCAGGAGCUGUUCUUUUUUCAUGAUCUGAGUCCAGGCAGCUGUUUUUUCCUCCCUCGUGGCGCCUACAUCUACAACACUCUGACUGAGUUCAUCAGGGAGGAGUACUGGAGAAGAGGUUUUCAGGAAGUGGCAUCUCCAAACAUCUACAACAGUAAGCUGUGGGAGACGUCAGGCCACUGGCAGCACUACAGUGAGAACAUGUUCUCCUUCCCUGUGGAGCAGGACAUCUUCGCCCUCAAGCCCAUGAACUGCCCCGGACACUGUCUGAUGUUCUCUCACCGGCCCCGGUCAUGGAGAGAGCUUCCACUGAGGCUGGCUGAUUUUGGUGUGCUGCACCGUAAUGAACUCUCAGGGACACUGACUGGACUCACCCGCGUCCGCCGUUUCCAGCAGGACGACGCUCACAUCUUCUGCACCAUGGACCAGAUCGAGUCGGAGAUGAAGGGCUGUCUGGACUUCCUGCGCUGCGUCUACGACGUCUUCGGGUUCUCCUUCCAGCUGCAUCUCUCCACCCGGCCGGAGAAGUUCCUCGGGGACGUCGCCGUGUGGGACAGAGCAGAGAAGCAACUUGAGAACAGUCUGAACGAGUUUGGGGAACCGUGGAAGCUAAACCCAGGCGACGGAGCUUUUUACGGGCCAAAGAUCGACAUCAAGAUCAAGGACGCCAUCGGGCGUUAUCACCAGUGUGCCACCAUCCAGCUGGAUUUCCAGCUGCCUAUUCGCUUCAACUUAACGUACAUAGGGACGGACGGAGAUGACAAAGCCAGACCUGUGAUUAUUCACCGCGCCAUCCUGGGCUCGGUAGAGAGGAUGAUCGCCAUUCUCACUGAAAACUACGCUGGAAAAUGGCCGCUCUGGUUAUCUCCUCGCCAGGUCAUGGUAGUGCCUGUGAAUCCGUCCCUGGAAGACUACGCCAGUGAAGUGUGUAAGCAGUUUGUGGAGGCGGGUUUCAUGGCGGACGCAGACCUCGACUCUGGCUGCCUUCUGAACAAGAAAAUCCGCAACGCUCAGCUUGCCCAGUACAACUUCAUUUUGGUGGUUGGUGAGAAGGAGAAGAUGACUAACGGCGUCAAUGUGCGUACGAGGGACAACAAGGUCCACGGCGAGCUCACUGUGCCCGAGGUUCUGGCUCGGCUCUCGCUGCUCAAACAGUCGCGCUGCAGGAACGCCGAGGAAGUCUUCUAAACAAAUACACUGACCUGAUUCCAAUUCAGAUUUAAAAAAGCCUUCUAUUUUUUUUUUUUUUUGUAAAUUGUAGCUGGUAGCUAGAAGAUAGUGACUCUAAGAGGUGUCACGGGUUCACAUCUUGUUUAGUUCAUUUCACAUUUCUUUUUUUUUGGCUAGUAACCUGUCUCUCUCUCUGUCUCUCUCUCUCUGUCUCUCUGUCUCUCUCUCUCUGUCUCUCUGUCUGGCUCUCUCUAUCUGUCUCACUCCCUUUCUUUUGCUCUCUCUCUCUCUCUCUCUCUCUCUCUUGCGCUCUUUCUCUCUCAGCUUUCUACUUUCUUAGCUUGUUAAUUUUAAGGUUGAUCAAAUCUGUGAUUUAAUACUUUUUUUAUUAUUAUUUAAACCCUGAACACCUCAGACCCUGUAACACCUCAAGACUGGAUUAAUAAACGCUAAUUUCCUAAAUGAGAAGCAAGAGGCUUUAUGUUUGCAUUGAGAUCAGGUCAUCGGGUGUAACAGACAGAACAAAAACAGGACAAACUGUAAAGGGAAAUGCAGUGGCAGAGAAAGUGGGACGUGAUGAUGGUCUGAGUUCAACAAAGAGACUUUAACAGCUUUAGAGGGAACGUAUGAGUGAAAGUAAAUGAAAUUUCUGUUUCAUUUUCAGUGCCUAUGAAAUCCGAGCAGUUCAGUAGACACGUGGGAAGCAGUCGGUGGAGGUGACAUUUGGCUUGAAAACUCGUGAAUACAGAAAAUCGUUUUUGACAAAAUGUCAUUGCAAUGAUGCUGUUUUUUGUUUGUUUGUUUAUUUAUUUAUUUUUUUGGUCAAUUGCACUGACUGUUACAACACAGAUGUUAAAAUUUCAGCCAGACUCUUGUGAAUUGUGUUGUGCUGUUAAAGGAAAGAAUUGAUGGAGUGAUUUGUGAUGGGAUAAACUGAAGUAAAGGUUUUGAUGACUGCAGGGAAUAUUGAAGAAUAAACCAUUUUCCGAGA